UUUCACAAUUACCAACAAAUGGGUUUAAACAGAAAAGCUUUUACUGUGUCUUCUUCAUCUUCGCUGACUACCCCCCACCAAACCUCCGAAUUUCUCCCAUAUGGACCUUCUGAUCCGCAAGUUUCGCCUCCUUCUCCUUGCCUGGCUCCAUCCACAUCGUUCCGUUUCAAUUUCAGGCCCUGUGUCCUUUGUGAGGCGCUUCUCAUACAAGGAUAUAAAGAGGGCAACGGAUGGUUUCCGCAGAAUCAGUUAUAGCAAUUCUUAUGGGGUUGCUUAUAAAGCCAUAUUUCAGGAUGGUCUUGUUGCCUUGGUAAAAGAAGUAAGAGAUUUUAAUCAAGGGAAGGACAUCUUCUAUGGGGAAGUGCAACGAUUGGGCCGAUUGCAUCAUCGGCACCUUCUUGCACUUAGAGGAUUUUCCACAGGACGUAAAAGAUUCCUAGUAUUUGAAAGCAUAGAAAAUGGAAGCCUGAAAGAGCAUCUUAAUGAUCCUCUGAAGACUCCGUUGAAUUGGAGGACGAGGCUACAAAUAGCUAUUGGUGUAGCAGCCGCACUGGAAUAUUUGCAACUCUUCAAUGAACCACCAAUAUAUCAUGUCUCCAUCAGGUCUAGUAAUAUCCUAUUAGAUGAGAACUUCACCGCAAAGCUAGCUGACGUUGGUAUUCUUAGUUCUGGUGGAAAUCAUGCCACUGCACAAAAUGUCUCAUGUUCAAAAGAUUGCACAGGUCAGGAAGGUAAGAACAUAAUCUUCCAGCUUGGAGUUCUAAUUCUGGAGCUAAUAACUGGUCAAUCAUCAGAGAAGGGAGGUGUUGAUUUAAUUCAAUGGGUCCAAGAAUCUCGGUUAAGCAGAUCCAUGCAAAAGAUGAUAGACCCAGAUCUUGGAAACAGUUAUGAUUCGAGAGAGCUCAACAAUCUUUUAGCUGUUGCAAGAUUGUGUAUUAAAUCUGGGGAAAAGCCAACAUUUUCUAUACCACAAAUAUUUCGGUAUCUCCAGAAGAAGGUGGACAUUCCACGUGAUUAGUGUUUCUCAUUUGGUUAGGCCUUUUUUGCUGUGAAAUUUACAUGUUGAUUGGAAAUGGAGAUGAUGUUGUCUCUUGGGAUUCUACUUCCUCGUUUGCAAGGGAGCCUAAAUUUUCUAUCACAACAAGCUGGUGCCUAAAUUCUCUAUU